GGAUAAAUGUCAGUGUAAAGAGGAAUUUGAACAAAAACAGAGAUUUUCUCUGAGGAAAAUCCAUCCAAAACAAUGGAGAAGGCAGAGGAAAAACCGGAAAGUACGGAAAAUGAGCCUGAGAAGAAGAAAAAGUUUGUUGUGAGAUCAGCUUCUGAUCUGCAGAGGAUUCGCUUGGAGAAACUCAUGAAGAAUCCCAACAAACCUGUUAUUAUCCCAGAAGCACCACGGGAGAAGGAUCACUUGAGCUCAGUGCCGUCAUUUGUGAGGAAUGUCAUGGGAUCGAGUGCAGGAGCAGGUUCUGGAGAAUUUCAUGUCUAUCGGCAUCUCCGGAGGAAAGAAUAUGCCCGGCAGAAGCACAUUCAGGAAGCCAGCAAGAGAGAACAAAUGGAUUUUGAGUAUCAGGACAAAUUGGAGGCAAAUCGUCGAUUGGCUGAGGAGAAAACAGCUAAGAAACGCGCCAAAAGACUCAAAAAGAAGGCCAAAGCCAAAGGAAGGGCAAAAAAGCCACGAGAGGAAGUUGCAGAGAAAGCUUCUGAAAGUGAAGACCCGUCUUCAGAGGAAAAAUCUGAAGAUGAGGCGCAAAAAGGCGAAGAAGACUCUGAAGAGGGUGGGGAAAAAUUAUCCGCAGACGACGAAAACCAAGGAGAAGCUAAGGAAAAAGACGAAGGGACUCCUCGGACUCCUCAGGAAACUGAAAAAAUUGAAGAUAAAAAAGAAAAUUGCGAAUAAAGAAUAUUUUUUUGAAAAA